AUGGUUGUUGUGGGAGCGACUAACGGAACGUUCGGCGGUGGAAACAUGAGGUCGUUCAUGAUAGAGGAGAGAGCCGGUGGCGGAGAUCCCGGGGGCUCCACCAACAUGAUGAUCUCGGAGGCUCUUGCGCCCCGGCUGCUGAAGAUUGCGCAGGACGCCGCAGAGGCUGCUGCAGCAGCGGCAGCGACAACUUCUCCAUCCACCUCCAGUCAGCCGCUGGUCAUGGAGACGAACGGGACCCGGUGCGGCGAGCAGAUCCUGAGCUACGGCAGGGUGGAGAAAGUCCUGAUCGGCGGGGUCCUCACCAUGCUCACACUGUCCACCAUCUGCGGGAACUUACUGGUGGUCAUCUCCGUGUGUUUCGUCAAGAAACUGCGCCAGCCGUCCAACUACUUGAUAGUGUCACUGGCGGUGGCAGACCUGUCCGUGGCUCUGGCCGUGAUGCCGUUCGUCAGUAUCACGGACCUGAUCGGCGGUCAGUGGAUUUUCGGCCAGUUUUUCUGUAAUGUUUUUAUCGCCAUGGAUGUGAUGUGCUGCACAGCGUCUAUUAUGACACUGUGCGUAAUCAGCAUUGACAGGUACUUGGGCAUCACCAACCCACUGACUUAUCCUGUCCGUCAAAAUGGCUGCUGCAUGGCCAAGAUGAUCUUGUCGGUGUGGCUCCUCUCUGCUUCCAUCACCCUCCCCCCUCUGUUUGGCUGGGCACAGAACGUCAACGAUGGCAGAGUCUGCCUCAUCAGUCAGGAUUUUGGCUACACCGUCUAUUCUACGGCCGUGGCAUUCUAUAUCCCCAUGUCAGUAAUGUUGAUCAUGUACUACAGGAUCUACCGAGCAGCCAAACUCAGCGCAGCCAAGCACACCAUCACUGGAUUCCCCAGAGAAGGGGAGGAGGGGGCAGGGGCUGCUCCACGUGUAGCAGGAGGAGGAAGAGGAGGGCAGGAGGCCCAGCAGCCAGGAGGAGCCGCAGAAAGAGCAAGUGGAGAUGGGAUGGAGGUGGAAGAAGAGGAAGAGGAAGCAGAGGAAGAAGAGGAGAGCUUGGACUGCGUGUCAGCAGCGCUGAAGCUUCAUCGUGAGGUGGAAGAGGAGUGCAGCACACGCGUCUCCCGUUUGCUGAAAACUGGUGAGCACCAUCAGCGCAGGAGGAGGAAAAACCAAUCCAUCUUCAAACGGGAGCAGAAGGCAGCCGCCACUCUCGGCAUAGUGGUCGGUGCCUUCAGCUUCUGCUGGUUGCCUUUCUUCUUGGUGUCCACUGCCAGGCCAUUUGUGUGUGGUGUGGAGUGCAGCUGUGUCCCCCUCUGGUUAGAAAGAACUCUGUUGUGGCUUGGGUACGCUAACUCCCUCAUUAACCCAUUUAUCUAUGCGUUUUUCAAUCGGGAUCUGAGGACCACCUACAGUAACCUGCUGCGGUGCCGCUACAGGAACAUCAAUCGGAAGCUGUCAGCGGCUGGCAUGCAUGAAGCUCUCAAACUGGUGGAAAAGCCAGACUCUGUUAUAUAG